AAAUUAUGCUGCAAAAAUUGAAAUCCUGAGGUAUCUAGCAUCAAGUUACAGCACCUUAAUUAUAGUACUUACUCUUUGCUAGUCCACUAUGAAGAUUUUUAAUAACAUGAUGAUUGAAUAAAAGUGGCAAAAAUUUGGGAUUUCCAGUGUUUAGACUAGUCAAAUGCUAAGGAUAAGUGAUUUAGAAACAUUAUAACCAGUUCCACAUGACUAUCUACCAAACCCAAAAUACAUACGCUUUAUGAUUCCUCUAAACUGUAUAUGUUUCCUUCUUUUUAACAUGGGAUGAAGUAUGUUACUGUCUUCUUGGGAAUGUGUUUUUGAACAUCUCCGUGUGUACAGAUACACAUGCAGGCACAUACAGGCAUGAGUGCUUGCCUUCUUUCACAUGAGCAGAAUCCGUGGUAGAAUUGCAGAGAUGAAAGCAGUUCAGUGCUCUGAGAAGAGAGUGCCGUUACAUGCUUCACAAGCCAGAACACAAGACACUUGAAAAGGCAGAAGUCAGAAAUAAAUCCUCUGAAUGCUAGCAGUUAACUAGUUGGUAACCUCUUAAGAGUCCAGUUGUGUUUGUGUACAGACACCCAAGCAUGACGGAGUGAUCGCUUUUUUCCUUGCAACUUGGUUCUGUCCUAAAGUUAGCUGUCAUCGCUCAUUCUUCUUUCCCUCUGAGCAUCAUUUUACUAUGGUGCCUUUGGAUUAGAAACCCCAUUGCUCAGGAACACCUAUGCAAAAGCACGUAAGGUACAGACUGGCCUACAGACGUGCCCUGGGAAGCAGUUAAGCAUGCACUGAUGGACGAGCCGGUAAAGAUCACAAAGGGCUGAAAGCCAGGGAAACCCAUGUCCGGGAAAGCCACCGAUGCUGUAAGAGAAAACGCCGCCGGGAACUGCCCCCACGCUCUGUCUGAUCACGGAGGGCACAACUUGGGCGGGCGGGCGGGCGCAGGUGGCGGCGCAGCACCUCGGCGAGACGCAUUUUUCUACACAGAAAAAGGCAGCGGACGCCGCCAGCGCGGCCUGUAGGCCUGGGCACGGCGCCGGCUUUCCGCGGCGCGGAGAGGCCGGGAGGUGCUUGAACUGGGAUUUGAUUUCUCAUCCUAUGGAUCACUGAAUGAGUAACAGAUGGCCUUGCCUCGUCUUACAGGCGCUUUACGCUCCUUUUCAAAUGUCACUAAACAUGAGGAUUACAGUGAAGAAUUAGCUGACUUAACGAUUAAAAGAUCAAAACUACAUGAACAGUUGCUGAAGUCUGAUCUUACUUGGAAGAAGAUAAUAAAGUUUGUUGAUGACAAUUUGGACAAAAAAGAACAUCAAACUGUAAAUGGUGAUUUAAAAACUAUAUUACAAGCUGCAAAACAAAUAGUUGGAGCUGAAAAUGGACAAGAAGCAAUUGAAAGCGGAGCUGUUUUUCUCUUUAAGACAUUUCACAGGAAAAACUGUGUUGGCCAUGAUGAGACAAAGGCGAUCAAGCAGAUGUUUGGGCCAUUUCCAUCAUCAUCUGCUACUGCAGCUUGUAAUGCCACAUGUCGGAUUGCUUCUCACUUCACUGAAGAACAGCUUACAGCACUCGUACAGAUGGCUGAAGAGCAAAAUGGUGAUAACAGAGUGUUCUUCGGUAAAAAUAUAGUGUUUUCAUUUGACAUGCAUGAUUUGGAUCACUCUGAGGAGCUGCCUGUGAAUGGUGAGGCCGAUACACAGAAAAUUAUAAGUUUAGAUUAUAACAAAUUUCUGAAUAGCCAGCUGAAUCACUUACAGAAUCACUGUGAUGAGAAAUCUGAUCUCAAGUCUUCGGAAAAAGUAGAUGAUUCUUUUUUAUGGUGUGAAGUUGGAAAGUAUCUGAAUGAAUCUCAAGGAGGUACCCCUGGAGGGCCAACGACAGAAGACCUCUGCUGUACUUUGUACGAGAUGCUUGCGUCUGCCAAAAGUGGUGAUGAACUUCAAAAUGAGUUAUUUGAACUGCUGGGCCCUGAAGGUUUUGAACUCAUAGAGAAACUCCUACAGAACAGAUCUCUGAUUCUGGAAAGAUCUUUGACUUGUCCAAAUGAUAACAGGUUCCAGACUCUGCAAGAACAAUGCAAGAAGUUUAUAGGAGAAAAUGCUAAACCCAAUUAUGGUUGUCAAGUUACAAUUCAGUCUGAACAAGAAAAGCUGUUAAUGAAACAAUAUCGUCGGGAAGAAAAGCGGAAUGCCAGAAAAGAAAAACAAGCUGGGGAAGAUGGAGAAGUUUCUGGAGAAGGGCUAAUGUGCUUUGAUCCCAAAGAGCUACGGAUGCAAAGAGAACUAGCACUUUUGAAUGCUCGAAGUAUGCCAGUCCUAAGUAGACAGAGAGAGAUGGACUUCGAAAAAAUUCAUUAUCCGCAUGUUUAUGAUUCCCGAGCUGAAGCUAUGAAAACAUCAGCAUUCAUUGGGGGUGCAAAGGUGUUCUUACCAGAGGCAGUUCAGAGAGAAAACAAUAAAAUGUAUGAAGAGGUGAAAAUCCCCCAUAGUGAACCAAUGCCUAUUGGUAUUGAAGAGAAAAUUGUUUAUAUUAAAGACUUAGAUGAGAUUGGACAACUUGCUUUUAAAGGCAUGAAAAGACUAAACCGUAUCCAAUCUAUAGUUUUUGAGACUGCCUACAACACAAAUGAGAACAUGCUGAUCUGUGCCCCCACUGGAGCUGGGAAGACAAACAUUGCCAUGCUGACAGUCCUUCAUGAAAUUCGACAGCAUGUCCAGCAUGGUGUUAUCAAAAAGGAUGAGUUUAAGAUUGUGUAUGUUGCUCCUAUGAAGGCUUUGGCAGCUGAAAUGACAAAUUACUUCAGCAAGCGUCUGGAACCACUAGGCAUUACUGUGAAAGAGUUGACUGGUGAUAUGCAACUGUCAAAAGGCGAAAUUCUGCGAACACAGAUGCUUGUGACUACUCCAGAGAAAUGGGAUGUAGUGACAAGAAAAAGUGUUGGUGAUGUAGCCCUCUCUCAGCUGGUAAAACUCUUGAUUCUCGAUGAAGUUCAUCUGUUGCAUGAAGACAGAGGACCGGUACUCGAAAGUAUAGUAGCACGUACAUUACGUCAGGUUGAAUCUACACAAAGUAUGAUUAGGAUUUUGGGCCUUUCAGCUACAUUGCCCAAUUAUCUCGAUGUUGCUACAUUUCUACACGUCAAUCCCUGCAUUGGACUGUUCUACUUUGAUGGCCGUUUCCGACCUGUACCACUGGGGCAAACCUUCAUAGGAAUUAAGACAACCAAUAAGGUGCAGCAGCUGAAUCAUAUGGAUGAAGUAUGUUAUGAAAAUGUGCUGAAGCAAAUAAUGGCUGGACACCAGGUUAUGGUGUUUGUUCAUGCUAGAAAUGCCACAGUACGAACUGCUAUGGGUCUUCGAGAAAAAGCAAAGAACAAUGGUCAUAUUUGUCACUUUUUGUCACCCCAAGGAUCGGAUUAUGGACAAGCUGAAAAACAGGUACAGAGAUCCAGAAAUAAGCAGUUACGUGAGCUGUUUCCAGAUGGAUUUAGUAUUCAUCAUGCAGGAAUGCUGCGGCAAGACAGAAGUUUGGUUGAGAACUUGUUUUCUAAUGGACAUAUCAAAGUCCUAGUUUGUACAGCUACGCUCGCCUGGGGUGUCAAUCUUCCUGCUCAUGCUGUUGUUAUUAAGGGAACACAAAUAUAUGCUGCAAAAAGAGGCUCCUUUGUUGACCUUGGAAUUUUAGAUGUCAUGCAGAUAUUUGGUCGAGCUGGACGGCCUCAGUUUGACAAAUUCGGAGAAGGCGUCAUCAUUACAACUCAUGAUAAACUCAGUCAUUACCUGACUCUUCUUACUCAGCAGAAUCCCAUUGAAAGCCAGUUUCUUGAAAGCCUUGCAGACAACUUAAAUGCAGAGAUUGCUCUUGGAACAGUAACUAAUGUGGAAGAAGCAGUAAAGUGGAUAAGUUACACUUAUCUUUAUGUACGGAUGAGAGCAAAUCCAUUAGUAUAUGGCAUCAGUCACAAAGCUUAUCAGAUGGAUCCAGGUCUAGAAAAGCACAGAAAACAACUGGUAAUUGAAGUCGGCAGAAAACUGGACAAAGCCCGCAUGAUUCGCUUUGAAGAACGAACUGGCUUUUUUUCUUCAACAGAUUUAGGCAGAACUGCCAGCCACUACUAUAUUAAAUACAAUACUAUAGAGACUUUCAAUGAAUUGUUUGACGCUCACAAAACAGAUGGUGAUAUUCUUGCUAUAGUAUCAAAAGCUGAAGAAUUUGAACAGAUAAAGGUAAGAGAAGAAGAAAUAGAAGAGCUGGAUACCUUACUGAAUGAUUUCUGUGAACUUCCUGCUCCAGGAGGUGUGGAAAACAAUUAUGGCAAAAUAAAUAUCCUCCUUCAAACAUAUAUUAGCAGAGGGGAGAUGGACAGCUUCUCCCUUAUUUCAGAUUCUGCGUAUGUUGCACAGAAUGCAGCUCGUAUUGUUCGAGCUCUUUUUGAGAUUGCCCUUAGGAAACGUUGGCCUGCAAUGACAUAUCGACUACUGAAUCUCAGCAAAGUCAUUGACAAGCGACUGUGGGGCUGGGUUAGUCCUUUGAGACAGUUCUCAGUGUUACCACCAUCAGUCCUCUCAAAGUUGGAAGAGAAGAAUCUCACUGUAGACAAGAUGAAGGACAUGAGAAAAGAUGAAAUAGGUCAUAUGCUGCAUCAUGUGAAGAUUGGGUUAAAGGUAAAGCAGUGUGUCCAUCAAAUCCCCUCCAUCAUAAUGGAAGCAACGAUUCAGCCAAUUACUCGCACGGUGCUCCGAGUUCGGCUGAACAUCACUCCUGACUUCACGUGGAACGAUCAGGUACACGGCACUGUUGGAGAGCCCUGGUGGAUUUGGGUAGAAGACCCUACUAAUGAUCACAUUUAUCAUUCAGAGUACUUCAUUAUUCAAAAAAAACAGGUCAUUACUAAAGAACCUCAACUGCUGGUGUUCACAAUCCCUAUUUUUGAACCUCUUCCUUCUCAAUAUUACAUUCGAGCUGUGUCCGAUAGAUGGUUAGGAGCAGAGGCUGUAUGUAUCAUAAAUUUUCAACAUUUGAUUCUUCCAGAGAGGCAUCCACCCCACACAGAGCUUCUAGAUCUUCAACCUUUGCCUAUCACAGCCUUGGGACAUCGGGAAUAUGAAGUUCUGUACAAAUUCACACACUUCAACCCUAUCCAGACCCAGAUAUUUCAUACGCUUUAUCACACAGACUGUAAUGUUCUUCUUGGAGCACCUACAGGUUCUGGAAAAACUGUUGCAGCUGAAUUAGCCAUCUUUAGAGUUUUUAACAAGUAUCCCACAUCAAAGGCAGUGUAUAUCGCACCCUUAAAAGCACUCGUUCGUGAAAGAAUUGAGGACUGGAAAGUUAGGAUUGAAGAAAAACUUGGUAAAAAGGUUGUAGAGUUGACAGGAGAUGUGACUCCUGAUAUGAGAGCUAUUGCCCAAGCUGACCUGAUUGUUACUACCCCAGAGAAGUGGGAUGGUGUCAGCAGAAGCUGGCAGAACAGAAGCUAUGUUCAGAAAGUUUCCAUUCUUAUCAUAGAUGAGAUCCAUCUGCUAGGGGAUGAGAGGGGCCCAGUAUUAGAAGUCAUUGUGUCUCGAACAAACUUCAUCUCAUCUCACACAGAGAAGCCUGUAAGAGUAGUUGGUUUAUCCACUGCUUUAGCAAAUGCCAGAGACCUUGCUGACUGGCUAAAUAUUAAUCAGAUGGGUCUGUUCAACUUCCGACCAUCAGUACGGCCAGUCCCUCUGGAGGUGCACAUUCAGGGCUUCCCUGGCCAGCAUUACUGUCCUCGCAUGGCUAGCAUGAACAAACCUGCAUUUCAGGCAAUUCGGAGUCAUUCUCCAGCCAAGCCUGUUCUUAUUUUUGUGUCAUCCAGACGUCAGACAAGGCUUACUGCCUUAGAUCUGAUAGCUUUCCUAGCCACAGAGGAUGAUCCCAAACAAUGGCUGAAGAUGGAUGAAAGAGAGAUGAAUGACAUUAUAGGGACAGUUAGAGAUUCAAAUCUGAAGCUGACACUUGCUUUUGGAAUAGGCAUGCACCAUGCCGGUCUGCAUGAAAGAGACAGGAAAACUGUGGAAGAAUUGUUUGUGAACUGCAAAAUCCAGGUUCUUAUUGCCACAAGCACAUUAGCUUGGGGUGUAAAUUUUCCAGCUCAUUUAGUAAUUGUUAAAGGAACAGAAUACUAUGAUGGAAAAACAAGGCGUUACGUGGAUUAUCCCAUUACAGAUGUACUUCAGAUGAUGGGACGUGCUGGCAGACCACAGUUUGAUGACCAGGGAAAAGCUGUAAUUCUAGUUCAUGAUAUUAAGAAAGACUUCUACAAAAAAUUCCUUUAUGAACCUUUCCCAGUGGAAUCAAGCUUGUUAGAAGUGCUGGCUGACCACUUGAAUGCUGAAAUUGCUGCUGGAACAAUUACUUCUAAGCAGGAUGCAAUGGAUUAUAUCACCUGGACUUACUUCUUCCGCCGACUUAUAAUGAACCCAACUUACUAUAACUUGGAUGAUGUGAGCCAUGACACUAUGAAUAAGUACCUCUCGAGCCUUGUUGAGAAAUCCCUCUUUGAUUUGGAAUGCUCCUACUGUAUUGAAAUUGGGGAGGAUAAUCGCAGCAUUGAACCUCUGACAUAUGGCCGCAUUGCUUCCUAUUAUUAUUUGAAGCAUCCAACUAUUGGGAUGUUCAAAGACCAGUUGAAACCUGAAAGCAACAUUGAAGAAUUGCUCUUAAUUCUGACAAAUGCUGACGAGUACACAGAUCUGCCUGUGAGACACAAUGAAGAUCAGAUGAACAGUGAACUGGCAAAACAUCUUCCAAUUGAAGUCAAUCCCCAUUCAUUUGACAGCUCACACACAAAAACACACCUCCUGCUGCAAGCCCACUUCAGCCAUGCCAUGCUGCCUUGUCCAGAUUACGCCACUGAUACAAAGACAGUGCUGGACCAAGCAAUUAGAAUAUGUCAGGCAAUGCUGGACGUUGCAGCACAUCAUGGCUGGCUGGUGACUGCGCUGAAUAUAACCAGCCUGGUGCAGAUGGUGGUUCAGGGUAGAUGGAUACAUGACUCUUCCCUCCUUACUUUGCCCAAUAUAGAGCUACACCACCUCUACCUUUUCCGGAAGUGGAGCCAAGGCAAAAGGAAGAGCAUGCACGGAGGUUACCAAGGCCCUAUCGAGUGUCUUCCCGAACUAAUGGCUGCCUGCGAAGGAAAAGAGAAUGUUUUUGCUUCCAUUGUGGACAGUGAAUUGCAAACAGCACACAUUUCACAGGCUUGGAAUUUCUUGUGCCGUUUGCCAAUUGUAAACGUCAGCCUGAGCAUUAAGGGCUGUUGGGACGACCCAGUUCAGCCACAGAACGAAGUGCCUGUUCCUUCUUUGACAACAGACACGCGAGAUGACAAAAGAUGGAUCAAAUUACACGCUGAUCAAGAGUAUGUGCUCCAAAUACAUCUGCAGAGAACCCAGAUGGGGUAUCAGGGAAAGCAAGACAGUAAAGCAGUGGCUCCUCGAUUCCCCAAAGUUAAAGAUGAAGGAUGGUUUUUGAUACUGGGAGAAGUCGAUAAAAAAGAACUCAUCGCCCUGAAGAGAACUGGAUAUAUCAGAAAUCGAAAUACUGUUUCUGUUGCUUUUUAUACUCCAGAAACUCCUGGAAAGUGUAUCUACACAUUGUAUCUCAUGAGUGACAGUUACCUUGGCAUGGACCAACAGUACGAUAUUUACCUGAACAUUAUCCCAGCCAGUACGUCAGCACAAGUCACAACAGAGGUGUCUGAUGCCACGAGUCACCUGGCUCUGAAGUAAGGUGAUCUGAAAAGUGCAUUCAAAAGAACUGGUCUUGCAGCUAAGACCUCUGGUCAUUCUGGACAUCCAAAAAUUCAUUUGCCUUAGUGGAACCAACUUCAAACCUCAAGACAACUAGGAAACUGCAAGCGACUACUGUAUUGACUCUGGUAACACAGAGUUAGCCACAGUGGCCUUACUCCUUUAUGAAGAUUUGUCUUUUCUUGUUUCAUCUUUCUUCUUUCAGAAGUUACAUUGUUAACUGAAUUUUGACACAUCAAAAUAAAAGACAAAAGAUGCUGUAAUUUGCGCAAAUUUAGGGCUAUAGUCUUCAUUUUGAAAAGUGUUCUGUAGCCUAUGUAUUAAUGUAGUUUAAAUAGUCAACUUUUUUAAUUUAUAGGGCAAAGUACACAAUUUGAUCUAAAAACCAUCUAAAUAUUGACAGAUGUGUUAUAUUUCAUCUUUAAUAAAAUAUGUCCAUAAGAAUGUUUCACAUUAGAUUCUUCAGUGUAAAAUAUGAGAUAUAUAGUAACAAAAUCCUCCACAUGCACGUACUGUAUUUUGAAGGCAAUAAUCUAAAGGAAAAAUUUCACAAAUUUAUAUUAAUUAUAUAUGCACUAAAUCUGGUUAUAAAGGCAUGAUAAAUAGUAUAAAAUAUUUCCAGUAUAGCAAUGAUGCAAUUUAUAUAGAUCAUAAUUAAAGUUUACCCUUUACAUAUGUUCAUACAUAUGUAUGAACAUACAUAUAUAUACACCAUACAUACUUAUUACAUAUUUACAAUUCCUUUAGUGUUUUCUCCUGAAUUUUGAAGGACUAAGGCAUAUAAAAUCUGGUGCCUUGUUCUAGGGUUCAGUGCUAAAGUGGGCAACUACAUUCUGUAAAGAAGGCAGAGGGAGGCUCCAAAAAGGGGCUUUACAACAGACGGCUUGACAAGCAGGGAAGAGUUCUGCCAGACGACAAGUAGCAUCUAAGAGAUAGAUGCCCAGCUCAGUGAUAGUACCAUGGAGGCACUUCUGUCAACAAGACAUAAGUCUGAAAGAAAAAGGUAGUAGCAUGUCUGCACCACAGAGUGAUGAGAUGCUUACCUAGAUCUACACAUCCUGAGGCCAGUCCUCUUCUCAACCUUAAGGGGAUUUGAAAUGCUGAGCGAGUACUUGGAGGAAGCAUACUGCUAAAAGAUCGCACAUCUUCAUACGGAUAGACUAGACCUUAAACAGAGUACUCUUAUUUGAACUUGUUCGGCUUCGCAUUUAGCUGACAGCCAUUCCCUCUCUGAGGGAUCAUUUUGCUACCGUUUCCAUUGUGUUUCACCAGAUGAAAGAACACAGCAGAGUUGUUGCCUGGCAGCUUCCCCCCUAAAAAAGACAACCCUGGUGGUGUUGCACCCACACAGAAACGCAGAAUGGUGAGGUUGGAAGGGACCCGUGGAGGUCACCUGGUCCAACCCCCCGAUCAAGCAGGGGCCCCUAGAGCUGCUUGCCCAGGACCAUGUCCAGACAGCUUUUGAAUAUCUCCAAGGAUGGAGACUCCACAAACCCCCUGGGCAACAGGAGAGAACAAAAACAGAAAGUCGUCACUAUAUUUACAGACGGAUAAAUGAUACGACUUCCUCCUUUGCCUUUUAGACUAUAUCCAAUAUAAUAUGGUGGUGUGUCACACAGAUUUUUUUCAAAUUGGUAGGCAAAAAUUUGGCUAGACACACAUUUACUUAGUCCUACGCCCAUUUUUAAGAGACUUGUUUUCUCUAAUCUGCAAGUAUAUUUUCACAGAAAUUAAGUCCUUUCUUUGGGAAAAUUCUUGGCUGAAACAAUAUAUUGUCUCUCAACAAUUUUAAUUAAUUAGGAAAAAAAAAAGCUAUGCCACAGUCAAACAACAUACCAACGUAGUGACGCUAGCUCUUGUUGCUUUUUAAAUGCACAUCACAAAACAGUCUAACUGCGGAGUAGCAGACAAUAGCUUCAGUAUUCUGUAUUAACCAAUUAAAGAGUUUCUGUAAUGUCAUUUGUACCAUUUGUACUGUGGUUUGGAAAUAGUGUAU